GGGGUGUUCCGAGAAUCGAACUCGGGACCUCUCGCACCCGAAGCGAGAAUCAUACCACUAGACCAAACACCCUACGUCGGUUACCCAAUUACAUUAACACAAAAACUAACUUCACCCUUGUGCUGCCUUUCUAUAUGUUUCUUCAUCAAUUCGAAUCAUCACCAGUGCUUCCUCUCAUUCAUCGUCUUCUCCAAUGGCUUCUAGCAACACCACUCCAGGGGUUGAUAACACGUUCAGAAAGAAGUUCGAUACGGAAGAGUAUCGAGAACGUGCACGUAAACGCGAAGAGAAGGAGGCGGAUCGGUCUAAAUCUCAGCCUAAAGGUCCUCCUGUGCAAAGAGCUCCUUUGAAGCAUAGAGAUUAUCAUGUAGACUUAGAGUCUCGUCUCGGCAAGACCCAGGUUGUUACACCGGUAGCGCCUCUAAGUCAGCAGGCUGGUUAUUUCUGUCGCGUUUGUGACUGUGUUGUUAAAGAUUCAGCUAACUACUUGGAUCACAUUAAUGGGAAAAAACAUCAAAGAGCGUUGGGAAUGUCUAUGCGGGUGGAGAGAUCAUCUCUUGAACAGGUCCAGGAGCGGUUCGAGGUGUUAAAGAAACGGAAAACGCCAGGAACUUUCUCAGAACAAGACCUGGACGAACGGAUCCGGAAACAGCAAGAAGAAGAGGAGGAACAUAAACGGCAGCGGAGGGAGAAAAAGAAAGAGAAGAAGAAAGGGAAGGUGAUAGAGGAGGAGCCUGAGAUGGACCCUGAGGUUGCAGAGCUGAUGGGAUUUGGGGGCUUUGGAUCUUCCAAAAAAUCAUGAGGGUCAUCAUUUGAUCAUAUUGUGUCUCUGAUGUUGUAACGUUUUUGUUCCAAAAGCUUGAGACAUUGUAAUCUAACAUCGCAUAACGAUAUCGUUUGUUUCAUUGCAACUAAGAAAAACAGUUUGUUUCUUCUAACUCUC